GUCGGAGCCUAAAUUCGGGGCCGAAUGAUGCACUUUGUCCUUUUUUCAUACCAUUUAAAAAUACCUCUGAGUCUCGGGCUCAUUGAUAUAAAACCCUACAUUGAUCCCAAGAGCACAAGAAAACGAACUUAGACAGCAUUCAACAAAACUAUAUCCAGACAACUCUACUUGUAUCUCUGCUACAAACUGAACCAAUUCUCAUCGCAUUGAACUCAACCAGAGACAUCAUGGGAGAUAUCUUAUCCAGUGCCACACCCGCAGCAAACACUUUCCCAGUCAAAAUUGGCAUCAUCAUCGGCUCGCAACGCACCCCUCGAGCGGGUGAUCAAAUUGCAACAUGGGUCCUGUCGAUUCUUGAAGAAUAUCAGGCCAAUACUCCACUGGAAGGUUCAACUUCCAGACCAUACUCUCUACACCUGAUUGACCUCAAUGACCACCCACUUCCACUCUUCAACGAGCCCGGAAUCCCCUCCAGGAUCACAUCGUCCUCCGAAUACACCCACGCACACACCCGUGAAUGGUCCCAGUUCAUCUCCUCAUUCGCUGGAUUCGUGUUUGUUACACCGCAGUACAAUUGGGGAUACCCAGCAAGUCUCAAGAAUGCAAUCGACUACUUGUUCAAUGAGUGGAAGGGCAAACCCGCGAUGGUGGUGAGUUAUGGUGGACACGGAGGUGGCAAAGCCGCUCAAGGCUUGAAGGUAGUGUUACAGGGGCUGAGAAUGAGAUUGGUCGAUGAGCAUGUCGAGUUGGUCAUAGGUGGAAUGGACGAGAUGAAGAAAGCGGCGCGGGGCCGACCGUUGGGGCUUGAUGGGGAGCAUGGCAGGAAGAUUUGGGUGCCGGAGAGUGCUCAAAUUGGGCUCCGAUGGGAGAAGUUUCUGGAGUUGUUGAACCAACGAUGAGCGACAUGGACUUGAGGCAUUUGGGUCUCGUUGUUAGGAUUAGGCAUGUGGCAUUAGGAAUAGAGGCGCAGAAGAGCUUGAAGAAUCUGGGUUUUAAUUCAGCGUGGGAAGCAAAGGACAAGCUACGGAUAGAUUAAUGAGACUCUAGACUCUUGUUAAUGAACUUUUGAAUCAGAGAGAAUAAGGACACAUUGUUCUCGA